UCGCCCGCAACGACCGAAAGAGGGCCCGUAGCGCACGUGCUGUUGAUUAUUUAGCGCGUAAUUACUACUACUGCCACCUGCUGGAAGACAAUCGAAUCACACACGCCGGAACGAAGGACGUAUGAGAAAAACUUUUGAUUGCAAUAUUCGGGCGAUUAUGAUUUUGUGGAUUAACUGCGAUGAUCCGUCAAGUAAUAAGUGUCUGCUUAAUUAUUGCGGCACUAAUGCUUGCCGAUAGGUAUUUAGUUUUUAUUGUAAUAUCGACCAUAUGCGGUUUAUUCUCUUAUCAGUGUACUUACAGAAUUAUUAAGUUUUGGUUAAGAAAUUGCAGUAUUAAAUACCGUAGAAAGAGAGAGAACGGUCUUAAAACGCAUUUAAACGAAAUACAAAGUAAUGCUUCGACCUCAUUACAAACGCCCAUUAUCACGGUCGAAAACGUGAAUACGCACGAAAGGACGUUGAAUUGUAAUAAAUUCUGCGGCCUGAAAUUCUCGGUGAAAGAAGAAUUAAAAACUUUCGUUCGUCAUAUAUCACGCCAUUACAUUCAGUGUUGGUACUAUAAAAUUUGUCAGAAUGAAGAUGUUCUUCAAGAAUUUAAUGAUGUAUUGGAAGAUAUCUUGGACACCGCUAACAAUAAUGUUAUUAGAAUGAAUAUAAUUGAUCUGUCCGAAAAAGUUAUUUGUUUGUACGGUCGGCAUUUCGAUAAUUAUCUACGAGCUCUCGAAACGGUAAAGUCUAAUUUGGGAUGCGAAUCUCCCGUCGAUUGCGUCGGAAUGGAGAACGAAAUCAAGAAUGCUUAUAAGAUGACUCAUCCAGCAUUGACAGAUCAAGUGACAGAAUGGUGCUAUUUGAAAAGUAUCGUGGCAAAUAUAAUUGAUUUGCUUUGGCCUCAAGAAUUUCUUGGUUGUCAAGUUGCUUAUAAUAUGCUAGAAGAAAUAUUAACUAAAAAUGUUCUUUAUCCAUUAGUUGACAUGUUUUCCAAUCCUGAAUGGUUAAAUGAAAUGAUAAUAUUACUUUUAUCUGAUGAUGAUUUUGUUAAAAGGAAACAUUUUAGUAAUCGAAAAACACACAAGACUGAUGAUUCUGAAAUAUCGGAAACUGUACUGUCAGAAACACGACAAUUUCAUAGAAAGUGGAGUGAAAUUCCAAAAGGAAUUUCUCAUAUUGCGUUUGAUAAUUCAAUAUGCUCUAGAAGUGUACGCAGACAUUCUGAUAGUAAUAUUGGGCAUCUUGAAAUUUGCCAAAAUACAUUUAAUUUUCCAUUAUCAGAUAAUUAUCUUACUGUUUCUAAUGAUCCAUUUGCUUCUCAUGAAUUACCAAAUUACUGUCAAGGCAGCAAAAAUUUAACAAUUAACAUUAAUUCUCAUAAUAAAUCCAUGCAAGAAUCUGACUGGGAAGUGUGGAGUGGUGAAUUUAAUGAAUAUGGAGAUGUAGUUAAAAUUUAUCCACAUGAUUUUUUUAGAAUAAAAUCACAAUCAAGCCAAAAUAUAGAAAAUAUCCAUUAUACAGAAAGUUCAAGAAAAAAUAAUAAGGAUUUAGAAUCUCCAGAUAUCAGUUUGAAAAGAUCACAAAGUGUUGAUUGUCUCUCUCAUUUAACCCCUCCGUUAUCACAUGUAGUUUCAUUAAGUGGUUCUAGUUCUAAUUUAGAUGCAGUCAGGACAAAUUUAUCAAAACUAGUGUUAAUGAAUAUGCCUGAUUUGCAAAGAAAAGAAAGUAAUAGUACAGAUGUUGAAGAAGCAGAAGAAGCAACUGAAACUGCUUGGUCUGAUUUAUUUAGUGAUAUACAAAUUUUAGAAACAGAAAAACAGGAAGAACCUGGAAGAGGUCCAUAUAUUUUAUAUUGUAUUCAGUAUAAUGCUUUAUUUGUUCAUAAUAAUGAAGAAAACAAUAAAUCUCAAUUUAUGAAGCAUAAGAUGACUGUUAAAAGAAGAUUUCGAGAAUUUUUGGCUUUACAAGGGAGAUUAGAAGAAAACUCAAAAUUGAAGAAAUAUAUGAAAAAAAUUAAAGGUCCCAAUAAGUGGCUAGGGUCGUUGCUCUUUCCAAUGGAUAAAAAAACUGUUGAAGAACGACGACAAUUUUUAGAGAAAUAUUUACAAGAGCUUUGUUCAUGUAAAGCCAUAGCGGCAUCUUCUGAGUUGCAAGAAUUUUUAGCUUAUGGAGGAGAUGCUAGUAUUGCUUAUGUUAGAAGAAUAGCUGAAAAUAUCGGUGUUCCAAGAAUUGAUAAAAUGCUAUAUAAAGGAGUAAUGGGAGCAAUUGAUCUGAUUAAAACUGCCCUUCCUGCUACAGGACCACAAGAUGAGAUAAAUGAGAAGCCUUUAUCAAUACAGAAUAUAAAAAGUAUUCCACAUAAACCCUCUCUUUUUUUACCUGUUUUUGGCAAAUCAAAAGUUGACAGUUCACAGCAACACAUGGAAGUAAAAUUUGUUGAUAAUCAAGAAUACAAUCUAAUACAAGAAAUUGCUCAAUACAUAGAAAAAUUUGAUAUAAAUUCAUCUGAAGGAAGUCUUGAUAAUGAAAGUAUAACUUCAGAUAGAAAUUUAAAUGAUUUAGAAAGGAGUGAAAGUAUUAAUUCAAUGGAUAUCCCUAAUAUUGCUCAGCUUGGAAAAGCAUGUACAAAAUUAAAGAUGUCAGAAUUUCAAAAUUAUAAUGAAGAAUGUGCACAACAAAACUUAAAAUCUGAAAUUCCAUUGGCUAAUGCUGUGAUUGAUUUAUAUAUAAAUUCUCUUAAGUCAUUCUUUCCUUUGUUUGGGAAUCCAUUAAUAAUUGUAGGAUUAAAAAUUGCAAUAGGAAAUUUUUUAGAUAAGUAUUUGGAAGAGAAUAUUUAUACUUUGUUCAGUUUUGAAAAUUGUAUUAACUACUUACAUCUGCUUCAUUUGGUGCUAUGGCCUGAAGAAGAAAGUUUACAUCCAGAUGAACAAUCACAACAAUCAGAUGACAGAAGUUGUAAGACAGAUGCUUUGAAUGCAUUAAGGUCAUUUUUACCAGAGAUAUUGAAAAUCUUCAAUAAUAAACUGUUUGAAAAAAGCUCAUUGUUGUUGCAUGACUCUCUCCAAUAUUCUCAGUUAAAUAGGUGUCUUAUUUAUCAUAUUUUAGAUCAUUUAAUGGAUCAUUUUUGUGCCAGAGAUGACAUUCAUCUUCAAUAAUGUGUGUAUUAAUGUUGUAAUUAAAACUGGUCAACAACAUGCACAUCAUAUUCUGUGAUAAACGUAAAGGUUUUAUAAAGUAUCAAGAAUGCACAUUUAGAAAUUUGUUCAAAAAACUGUUGUGUUUAUGUAUAUAUAUGUUUGAUGCCAAAAAUAAUGAUCACAAAAAAAAAAUAAAGGAUUUGUUGUAAUAAG